AUGUCCGGUGCUGGCCCCUCCCCUCGCUUCUUCCAGCAGCCGCUGCGAUACAUGAAGUGGGCCUCUAUCAACAAGCCAGCAUACUUCUACUCCAUCAUGGUCGGUUGCGCAGGACCCGCACUCGUCGUUACCGUUCCCCCGAUUCGGAGAUAUAUGGGCGAGGAGCCGAUCCCUAAGAUCCCCAUGACAUACCCAGUACCAAAGGGACCACGACCAAGGCCGACAGGUUUCGACGACGAAUAG